AUGAUGAAGACGACUUCAUCCUUGCUCGUUUCCUUCUGUCUCCUUCUCAUACAAGAUGUUAAAGAAACUCAAGGACGAUACUUAGAGCAAAAUGAGAACAACAAUGGAAAUUACAAUGGAAACAACAACAACAACAAUGGUUUCCAAUAUGAACAGUACAAAAACGAUCUGUCCUACAAAUGGGGAAAUGCAUCUGCCCAAGUGGGAGAGGACUUGGAUGGUAUGUGGCAUACAACACCUUCCGAAUGGGGAGAUGAGUAUUGGGAAGUUCUCAUUGGGAUCAUUGGAGUUGCUCUAGCCGCGACAUUCUGUUUCAUGUUGAUCUGCUGCACACCCUGCUGUUGCAGCUACGAUGACGAACCACGGUACGUCGCAACACAAGAAGAGUAUGAUGCAAGAAGAAGAAUGAAGCAACCUAUCUUGGACCAGGAGGGCAGACCUCACGGAAGUCGUACAAGAAGAGUUUCUGGCUCCAAGAGAGGAACAGCAGCCGACCCUGAUGUCCAAAAUUCCACACAACACACAUCUACUGAGGAUCCUCCCACUUCAAGGAAUGAUCCAAAAAAAAGGCGCCGAAGAACGUUGUGGGAGGAGACUAUUGUCGUAUGGAAAGACUUCUUCCGUAAUGGCCUUUACGUUCCAGAUGAUACGAUGAGCCAUUAUACCCGAGAAGCUAAAGAGGAACAACGCCGACGAAGAUCGAGAUCAGCUUCUAGAAGAAAACGAUCGUUAUCGCGGAAUAAACGACGAGGAGAAAUGGUGUAG